AAUCCCUUCAGCUUUGCGCACGCUUCGGCCGUCAUCCUAGCAAAGCUCAAUGACGCAUAAGCCCCGCCCCUCCCGCGAGGCUCCCGGAAGUUCCCAACCCGGAUUUGGGCGCCUGGCCCUGCGCGGUUUCUGGCUGUGUUGGGGAGUAGUGUCGGGGCGAUAGGACCUGGUGGGGAGAGAGAGAUUCAUAGCCGGGGUUGGGCCGCAGAUUCACGUGCGCGACGCAGACCGAAACCUGGUGACGAUGGCAGGGCCGCAGCCUCUGGCGCUGCAGCUGGAACAGCUGUUGAACCCACGACCGCGCGAGGCGGAUCCUGAGGCGGAUCUGGAGGAGGCCACUGCAGCCAGAGUGAUUGACAAGUUUGAUGAAGGGGAAGAUGUGGAAGGUGAUAUCCUGACAGUGGGUAGCAUCAGAAAACUGGCAUCGACCUCCCUAUUGGACACAGACAAAAGAUAUUUAGGCAAGACCACUUCUAGAAAAGCUUGGAAGGAGGACCACUGGGAGCAGACUCUGCCAGGUUCAUCCGACAAGGACGUAUCUGAUGAGGAAGGGUCUGGAGAUGGGGAUUCAGAGGGACUGGGUCUGGAGGAGUAUGAUGAAGAUCACAUGAGGGCUGCUGAGGGGCAGGAGUCUGGUGAUGAUGGGGAGAAUGGCCUGGCCCAGAGGAAGAAGAGCAGAAGCCUCUCUGGGAAAUCAGCGGGCUUCAAUGUCCAGAGCAUUAGUGACUUUGAAAAAUUUACUGAGGGGAUGGAUGACGUUGGGAGCAGUGAGGAGGAGGAAGACGAAGAGGAAGAGAGUGGCAUGGAAGAAGGGGAUGAUGAAGAAGACUUUGAGGGUGAGAGUGAGGAGGACAAGGCUGAAGAUAGGAAUAGUGAAGAUGAUGGAGUGGUGAUGACCUUCUCCAGUGUCAAAGUAUCCGAGGAAGUGGAGAAAGGAAGAGCUGUGAAGAAGCAGAUAGCCCUGUGGGACCAGCUCUUAGAAGGACGGAUCAAACUACAAAAGGCUCUGUUGACUACCAAUCAGCUUCCUCAACCAGAUGUUUUUCCUAUUUUCAAGGACAAAGGUGGCCCGGAAUUUGCCAGCGCCCUGAAAAAUAGUCACAAGGCACUUAAAGCAUUAUUGAGGUCAUUGGUGGAUCUUCAGGAAGAGUUGCUUUUCCAGUACCCAGACACUAGAUACCUAGUAGAUGGUACAAAGCCCAAAGCAGAAAGUGAGGAGGAGAUUUCUAGUGAAGAUGAUAAACUGGUUAAGGAGGAGAAGCAGCAGAGAAGGGCCCUACCAAAGAGGAAGCUAGAGAUGGAUGACUAUCCCAGCUUCAUGGCAAAGCGCUUUGCUGACUUUACAGUCUAUAGGAACCGUACCCUUCAGAAGUGGCACGACAAAACCAAGCUGGCUUCUGGAAAACUGGGAAAGGGUUUUGGUGCCUUUGAACGCUCAAUCUUGACUCAGAUUGAUCAUAUUCUGAUGGACAAAGAAAGAUUACUUCGAAGGACACAGACCAAGCGCUCUAUCUACCAAGUUCUUGGCAGACUGGAACCAGCAACUCAGCCUGUCCCUGAGAAUUUGCCAGGACAACCGGAGAUCCUUCCUCAGGCCCCUGCCAAUGCUCACCUGAAGGACUUGGAUGAAGAAAUAUUUGAUGAUGAUGACUUUUACCACCAGCUCCUUCGAGAACUCAUAGAACGGAAGACCAGCUCCUUGGAUCCCAAUGAUCAGGUGGCCAUGGGAAGGCAAUGGCUUGCAAUCCAGAAGUUACGAAGCAAAAUCCACAAGAAAGUAGAUAGGAAAGCCAGCAAAGGAAGAAAACUUCGGUUUCAUGUCCUUAGCAAGCUGUUGAGCUUCAUGGCACCUAUUGACCAUACUGCAAUGAAUGAUGAUGCCAGGACAGAGCUGUAUCGAUCUCUUUUUGGCAAACUCAACCCUCCUGGUGACAACCACAGGGACUGAAGUCACAC